ACUUACUUUAAGGUUGUGUUGACCUUCGAACCUAAAGUUUACGUUGGUUAGGUGAGCUCACGCCACUACAUUGAGAAAUCAGGCGAGAAACAUGUUUUUUUAGAACUGUGUACACGCUUAAGAAAUUGUCAUGAGUAAAGAAAAAAAGAGUGGAGAAGUGAGUUUUUUGCUGGGGGACACAAACGGGGAUGAAGUAGAAGAGGGCACCAGUCCAGAGGAUGACCCACAGAGUGGUCCACUCGAGGACCACCAUGAGGAGAGGCAUGACAGCGUGCCCUCAAUGAUCAGUGCCAGCUCCUCCAGGGAGGACAGUAGCCAGGAACCAAAGCUCAAGAGUCAGCCCAGCAACUUUUCCCAUGGAAAGCAAAUUGGGCACAGGUCAAAUAUGUACGUACUCCAAAGGGGGUUCAAUUCUUACCCAAUGCUGCUGCAUGCUAAACAUUCCAUGUCGGGGGCUAGUAACUUGGACAGCAGGGGACGGAGGAUGAGCUACCACCCCAAGGAUUUCUCUGUGGCCACCCCAGAAGAGUUUGUUAAGCGGUUCGGGGGCAAGAGUGUCAUCAACAAAGUGCUGAUUGCCAACAAUGGAAUCGCAGCCGUCAAAUGCAUGCGCUCGGUCAGACGAUGGGCAUAUGAGAUGUUCAGGAAUGAGCGCGCCAUUCGAUUCGUCGUCAUGGUGACACCAGAGGAUCUCAAGGCUAAUGCAGAAUACAUUCGACUGGCUGACCAGUAUGUUCCAGUUCAGGGCGGUACUAACAAUAACAACUACGCCAAUGUAGAACUGAUUCUAGAUAUCGCUAAAAGAACGCAAGUACAGGCUGUAUGGGCAGGCUGGGGCCAUGCCUCAGAAAAUCCCAAAUUACCAGAACUCCUACACAAGAAUGGAAUCAUCUUUAUUGGUCCACCAGAGGGAGCUAUGUGGGCCCUUGGAGACAAGAUUGCAUCCUCCAUUGUGGCUCAGACUGCAGGAGUUCCCACAAUGCCAUGGAGUGGAUCAGGCCUGACCUUGAAGUAUAACAAGGAGGACAAUAAGCCACUGAGCGUGCCCUCCGACCUCUACAGGAAGGGCUGCGUGGAGGACGUAGACGAGGGACUGAAGUCAGCCAACAAGAUCGGCUUCCCCGUCAUGAUCAAAGCCUCGGAGGGAGGCGGAGGGAAGGGCAUCAGGAAGGCGGAGAAUGCCGACGACUUCCCCAACCUCUUUAGACAGGUACAAGCUGAGGUGCCAGGGUCUCCCAUCUUCAUAAUGAAGCUGGCCACACACGCCAGGCACUUGGAGGUCCAGAUAUUGGCGGAUAACUACGGGAACGCCAUCUCUCUGUUUGGGAGGGACUGCUCCAUACAGAGGCGUCACCAGAAGAUCAUCGAGGAGGCGCCCGCCUCUGUAGCCACAUCAGUGGUGUUUGACAAGAUGGAACAGGCUGCGGUGACCUUGGCUAAGAUGGUGUGUUAUGUCAGCGCCGGGACGGUGGAGUAUCUCUACAACGAGGAGACGGAGACCUUCCACUUCCUGGAGCUCAAUCCACGUCUCCAGGUGGAGCAUCCGUGUACGGAGAUGGUGGCCGAUAUCAAUCUUCCUGCGGCUCAGCUCCAGAUUGCAAUGGGUCUGCCCCUGUAUCGCCUGAAGGACAUCAGACAACUGUAUGAUGUGGACACCUGGGGCGACACGCCUAUAGACUUCUCCAACCCGUCCAUGCACCCACGCCCCCGGGGUCACGUUAUAGCAGCCAGAAUUACCAGCGAAAACCCUGAUGAGGGAUUUAAGCCCAGUUCAGGCACAGUCCAGGAGUUGAACUUCCGUAGCAGUAAGAAUGUGUGGGGCUACUUCAGUGUGGCUGCUACCGGGGGUCUACACGAGUACGCCGACUCUCAGUUUGGUCACUGCUUCUCCUGGGGCGAGGACAGAGAAGAUGCUAGAGAAAACUUGGUGGUUGCCCUGAAGGAGUUGUCUAUCCGAGGAGACUUCCGGACCACAGUGGAGUACCUGAUCAAGCUGUUUGAGACCGAGGAAUACCAGAACAACAAGAUAACAACCGGCUGGCUGGACAAGCUGAUAUCUGAAAACGUCCAGGCCGAGAAACCAGACGUCAUGCUGGGUGUGAUAUCCGGAGCGCUCCAUAUCGGAGAUUACCAGAUCCAGGACUGCUUCCAAACGUUUCAGGCGUCCCUGGAGAGAGGACAGAUCCUGCCGGCCAACUCACUGAAGAACCAUGUGGAUGUGGAGUUUAUAAGUGAAGGGAUCAAGUACAACGUCAAGGUGGUGAAAACGGGACCAAACAACUAUUUCAUUUGUAUGAAUGGCUCUAUAUUGGAGGUAGAGGCCCACAGACUGAGUGACGGGGGUCUCCUGAUCUCGUUUGACGGCGCCAGCUACACGACCUACAUGAAGGACCAGGUCAGUAGUUACAGGAUCACCAUCGGCAACAAGACCUGUGUACUACACAAAGAGAACGACCCCACCAAACUCAGGUCGCCCUCUGCUGGCAAGCUCUUGAACUACAUGAUUGAUGAUGGCGGCCAUGUUUUUGCUGGAGACAUGUACGCCGAGAUAGAGGUGAUGAAGAUGGUGAUGGAACUCAGGGUCACAGAGAACGGAUGUGUCCAUUAUGUGAAGCGGCCAGGCGCGGUUCUGGACGGUGGCAGUGUGGUCGCUCACCUUGACCUUGACGACCCAAGCCGGGUACAGCAAGCCCAGAGCUUUACCGGGACCCUACCACAGCCCCAGGCCCCACCCACACACGGGGAGAAGCUCCACCAGCUGUUCCAGAGUACCCGGGCCGAGCUAGAGAAUAUCUUGGCGGGGUAUUCACUGCCAGAGCCUUACUUCAGACCCAAGCUACAGGAGUCCAUAGAGAGGCUGAUGAAGUGUUUGAGGGACCCUGCCCUCCCACUGCUAGAACUACAGGAUCUUGUGGCAAUGAUCUCGGGUAGAAUUCCUUCACAAGUGGAGAAGGCCAUCAAGAAGCAGAUGCAUUCAUACGCCAGCAACAUCACAUCUGUCCUUAGCCAGUUCCCCAGUCAGCAGAUUGCCAACGUGAUAGACAGCCACGCCGCCACACUGACUCGGAGAACAGAGAGAGAAAACUUCUUCAUGACGACCCAGGGCAUAGUGCAACUAGUUCAAAGUGGAACUAAGGGGUACCGCAAUGGGAUCCGUGGUCACAUGAAGAGCGUGGUCCAGGAACUUCUGAAGCAGUAUGUCAGGGUGGAGGUCCAGUUCCAACAUGGUCAUUACGACAAGUGUAUAGCACAGCUGAUCUCUAAGACCAAGGACAUGUCCGCUGUGGCGGGCAGCAUCUUCUCCCACCUGGCCGUCCAGAACAAGAACCUGCUGGUCACCAUGCUUAUUGACCACAUGUGUAGGAAGGAAGCGGGUUUGACAGACGAGUUAGCCUCCAUUCUGACCGAGCUUACCACAUUGAACAAUGCAGAGAAUGCCAAAGUAGCCCUCAGGGCCAGACAAGUGUUGAUUGCCGCCCACACACCACCCUAUGAACUGAGACACAAUCAGAUGGAGUCCAUUUUCCUGUCUGCCAUCGACAUGUAUGGACCAGAAUUCAACCCAGAAAAUCUUCAGAAAAUAAUCCAUUCUGAGACUGCUAUAUAUGACAUCCUGCAGGAAUUCUUCUGGCAUUCCAAUAACCUGGUCAGGUCCGCGGCCCUGGAGGUUUAUGUAAGACGGGCGUAUAUUGCCUAUGAAGUGAACUGUCUGCAGCACAGAGAACUGAAUGGAGAUAUGUCCAUGGUGGAAUUCAAGUUCCUGUUGCCAAGAUCACAUCCUAACAGGAUGAUGGUGAUGCGAUACGACAGUCUGGACAAGAUGUCGGGGGUGGUGGACUAUGAUGCCCACAUUGACCAGCUGGACGAACCGCCCACCUGUCAGAGAAUGGGCAUCAUGGCUUCCUUCAACUCAAUGGAGGAGUUUGAAAUCAAUUUUGAGCAAAUCAUGAAUUGUUUCACUGUGGACACAGACAGCCCACCCAGCAGUCCCACAAUCCUUGCCAAGAGCCCAGCGGGCAAUGAGGACUCCAUAUCUCUCCAUAGUACCUCAGAGUCGGACGAACCAAUUCACAUCAUUAACGUAGGGAUCAAGUUCAGUAAGAAAGAGAAAUACAGCGACAACGACUUGGCCGUCAGAUUCCAGGAUUUCUGUAAAGUACGGGAAGAGUAUUUGAAUGAAAAAGCCAUUAGAAGAAUCACAUUUUUGGUGUACUGCAGGAGAAGUUCACCAAAGUAUUUCACUUAUCGUGCCAAGUUUAAUUUUGGAGAGGACCGGAUUUAUCGCCAUCUGGAGCCGGCUCUCGCCUUCCAGCUGGAGAUCAACCGGCUGAGGAACUUUGACCUGGAGGCCAUCCAGACCAACAAUUACAAGAUGCAUCUGUACCUGGGCAAGGCUAAGGUAGCUGCCGGACAGGAAGUGACAGAUUACAGAUUCUUUGUCCGGGUCAUCAUCCGACACUCGGAUCUGGUCACCAAGGAAGCGUCAUUUGAGUACUUACAAAAUGAGGCUGAGAGAACUCUCCUGGAGGCCCUGGAUUCCCUGGAAGUGGCCUUCUCACAUCCACUGUCUAAGAAGACAGACUGUAACCACAUUUUCCUGAACUUUGCACCAACAUUGACCAUUCCAGAACCUGGCAAGCUGGAAGAAACAGUCAGAGCCAUGGUGAUGAGGUAUGGCAGUCGUCUGAUGAAAAUGAGAGUGCUCAACGCAGAGCUGAAGUUUACCAUCAAGUUUGCCUCCAGUGAUACAAGCAUUCCAAUUCGUCUGUUUCUGACCAAUGAGAGUGGAUAUUACUUAGAUAUGAGCAUGUACAAAGAGGUCACAGAUCAAAACACUGGACAGUCUCACGUCCAUGGGUCAAUUAAAAUGGAUACAAGUCGUAUUUCUACGGAAUCCAAUGUGAUGUUCCAAGCUUAUGGUACAAAGCAGGGAGCCCUUCAUGGUCUGCUGAUAAGCACGCCUUAUCCCACCAAGGACCACCUCCAACUGAAGCGCUUCCAGGCUCAAUCAAGUGGAACCACAUAUGUCUACGAUUUCCCAGGAAUGUUCACUCAGGCAUUACAGAAGUUCUGGAAGGACCACAGAGAGGAGAAUAAGAUUCCUCCAGAUGCCUUCAGCUGUAUAGAACUGGUGCUUGACAAAGACAACAACCUGUGUAAACAGAACAGACUGCCAGGGGAAAAUGAGAUUGGAAUGGUAGCCUGGCAGAUGACCUUGAAAACACCAGAAUGUCCUGAAGGUCGUGACAUCAUUGUGAUAUCCAAUGACAUCACCUACAAGAUUGGGUCAUUUGGACCAGCAGAGGAUCUUCUCUUCAAGAAAGCCUCAGAGAAAGCCAGAAGGGAGGGACUACCUCGAAUCUUCGUGUCUGCUAAUAGCGGGGCUCGGAUCGGGCUGGCUGAGGAAAUCAAACACUUGUUUAAAGUCGCCUGGAAUGACCCCAGCGACAUAGAGAAGGGUUUCAAAUAUCUUUACCUGACCCCAGUAGACUUUAAGAAAGUUAGUGCCAUGAAUUCCGUCCACGCUGAAUUAAUUGAAGAUGAAGGAGAGCCACGAUACAAGAUCAUUGACAUAAUUGGUCGGGAGGAAGGUCUUGGGGUGGAAAAUCUGAGAGGGUCCGGAAUGAUCGCUGGUGAAUCGUCUAUAGCUUACAACGAGAUUGUCACCAUCAACCUGGUUACCUGUAGAGCUAUAGGUAUAGGGGCUUACCUGGUCAGACUUGGGCAGAGGACUAUACAAGUAGAAAACUCUCACAUCAUCCUCACAGGGGCUGGUGCCCUUAAUAAGGUGCUAGGGAAGGAGGUAUACACCAGUAACAACCAACUGGGAGGCAUUCAAAUUAUGUACACUAAUGGAGUCACACAUGAUGUCACAGCUGAUGACUUUGACGGAGUCUACAAGAUCAUACAGUGGCUGUCUUACAUGCCUAAGUGUAAAGGUUCCCCAUUACCAAUAUUGGAAACAGGAGAUCCUAUAGACAGAGAGGUGGAAUUUGUCCCCACAAAGGCCCCUUAUGACCCCAGGUGGAUGUUGAACGGCAGGCAGAAUCCAGAUGACAAGAAUUGCUGGCAGAAAGGUUUCUUUGACCACAAAUCUUUCCACGAAAUUCUACAACCUUGGGCACAAACUGUGGUCACAGGCAGAGCAAGGUUGGGAGGGAUUCCUGUGGGUGUGAUCUGUGUAGAGACCAGGACGGUGGAAAUGACCAUACCAGCUGACCCCGCUAACCUGGACUCAGAGACCAAGGUGAUACAACAGGCGGGCCAGGUGUGGUUCCCAGACUCCGCCUACAAGACGGCACAGGCUAUUAAAGACUUCAACAGAGAAGAGCUCCCACUGAUGAUCUUUGCUAACUGGAGAGGUUUCUCUGGAGGCAUGAAGGACAUGCAUGACCAGGUGUUGAAGUUUGGUUCCUACAUAGUGGAUGCCCUCACAGAGUAUAAUCAACCAAUCAUGAUUUACAUUCCUCCCUAUGCUGAGCUGAGGGGUGGGGCCUGGGUAGUUGUAGACCCCACCAUUAACCCCACCCAUAUGGAAAUGUACGCCGAUGAACUCAGCAGGGGAGGAGUCUUGGAACCAGAGGGAACAGUGGAAAUAAAGUUCCGACGGAAAGAUCUGGAGAAGACCAUGCAGCGUCUGGAUACAACUUGUAUCCAGAUAGUGGAGAAACUGACCAGUCCACAGCUGAAUCCAGACGAGAAAGCUGAACUCCAGAAAAGAUUGGCAGCCCGCCAAGAGAAGUUACUUCCCAUGUACCACCAGGUGGCUAUCCAGUUUGCAGAUCUCCAUGACACCCCAGGCCGAAUGGAGGAGAUGGGUGUUAUUACCGACAUCCUGAAAUGGCAUAGUAGCCGAGAGUUUUUCUACUGGCAUCUGAAGCGAAGACUUCUGGAGAGGCAGCUGAAGAGGAAGAUGAAGCCGGUCACCCACAAUGUGGGGGAGGGAGAGCUUAACUCCAUGUUACACCGCUGGUUUGUGGAGGAUAGGGGCACCGUUAAUGCCUACAUGUGGGAGGAUGAUAAAGCCAUGGUUCAAUGGUUGAUGGAACAGAUCCGAGUGGACAGUAUGGACAAUGCCGUGUCAGACAACAUCCGGUGUCUACAGAGAGAGCACGUCCUACAACAAGUCAGAAGCUUGAUACAAGACAAUCCUGAGGUUGCUAUGGACUCCAUCGUCCACAUAACACAACACAUGACCCCGAGUCAAAGGUCAGAGGUAACAAGAAUCUUAGCCAACAUGGACACGUGAUGCCGAGUCAGACCAUAGUCAUCACAUAACUCU